AAUGUCCAAGGCUCCCCUAUCGCCUCAUUUCCUCAGCUCUCUUCUGUAAGUCUUCAGGCUUCAGCGACUGGAGCAGGCCAACGAAGGAAGCAGAAGAGAGCCUCCCAACCCCACAAACCUAGAGUCCUAAAGGAUUUUUUUUCCACCACCGCCACCGCCACCGCCGUACAUACCAUGGGAAGAGCCCCUUGCUGCGACAAAGCCAGCGUGAAGAAAGGUCCAUGGUCUCCGGAGGAGGACGCCAGGCUCAAGGCCUACAUCGAGCAGCACGGCACUGGCGGAAACUGGAUCGCCCUCCCUCGAAAGAUUGGCCUCAAGCGAUGCGGUAAGAGCUGCCGGCUCCGAUGGCUGAACUAUCUCCGGCCAAAUAUUAAACAUGGAGGAUUCUCUGAAGAAGAAGAUAACAUCAUUUGCAGCCUCUAUAUCAGCAUCGGUAGCAGGUGGUCUAUAAUCGCCGCCCAAUUGCCCGGAAGGACAGACAACGACAUCAAGAACUACUGGAACACGAGACUGAAGAAGAAGCUUUUGGGCAAGCAGCGCAAGGAUCACCAGCAGCAGGCACGUCGAGGUGGAGGGAUGGAGCAAGGAGCUGAAAGAGAUGAGAGUGGAAAUUUAGGAGUUCUCAGCGAGGGUGGCAGCAGCCAGAGCACGUACUGGCCUGAGCCAGCAGCCAUGCCCAUGUACUCGACCAGCCAGCUCGAUCGUCACGUCGACGACGAGCAUGCUUCCAUGAGGCAGCUGCUCAUAAAGAAUGAGGGGAGGUUCUCUAGCGGAAGCAACGCAGGCCUUCAGAGCCCUUUCAUUCCUCCCUCGUCGGCUACACUGCCACAAAUCUAUGAUGAUUCAGCUAGCACAAUGACACCUUUGGCGAACGCCACAACCACGGCGUUCGGCGAGGGCUUGCAAGGUCCAACCGGGUUCGCAGCCGACCUCGAUGAGUUGCUUCGGUGCAACCCAGUGAAAUCGGAAGGCCUUGAUUUCUACUAUGGAGCAGGAGGCAUGGUUGCUGAGCACCAUGGGAGCAUCACAUCGGAGAGCAUCAACUGGAGCGAGGUAAGCCCUUUGAUCUACCCGAAUGUGGUUCCGAGCUACCAAGGGAUGCAGCAGUGUUUGUUCGAAGAACCGGUGCACCUCAUCCUGCAGUGAUGAUUGAUGUACAUGAGCUUGUGUAGAUUUGUAGCAUCGAUGAAGGUGACGGCAUUGAAUUCCUCUGAUAAAACCUUAAUAAAUUCAAGUAUUUGGAAGAGAUGUUUGAAUUGUGUUUUUGA